UGUAUUCAUUAUUCUACACAAUUUUGAAGAUGUAAUUUAAGGAUUAUCUAUCCAAUUUCGUUGAUAGAUUUGAUUAAGUGAAAAUGAGUUUAAUGAAGUCAGUAAUAUUAAGUCCUAACAAUAUUAAGAAAAUCUGCAGAAUUUGUUUGGAACAAAAAACUAACCUACUUUCCUUGUUUACAAACUUACAAUUUGAAGAUGAAAGUAUAGUAUCUACAAGUAUUCUAGAUAUUUUGAUACAGUUAACUUCAGAAAUAAUACAAAAUGAAAAUGGUCUUCCUGUACAAAUAUGUUUUAAAUGUGUCGAUUUAUUAAAAUCUGCUUACAUGUUCAAACUAAAAUUUGAUGAAUCGUCUAGAGUUUUAAAAAGAUAUCUGUCUACUAUUAUUGAACAAAAACAAUUUAUAUCUGUAGGAAGUGAUUCUAAUGAUGAUAAUUCAGAUUUUGAAAAUGAUGCAUAUGAAGAGAAAAUUGACAAAACAUCAAAUGAAGAACACAAUUUUAAUCAGAUAAAAAAUCUAAAUAGAAGAAAUAAUGAGGUAGAAUGUGAAAAUGCAGAUUCUGAUGUAGAGUAUUCAACUGCAACAUUACCUUUAUAUCCCUGUCCUAUAUGCACCAUGGAGUUACCAGCAACAGAAUUAAAGCAACAUGCUCAUGGUCAUAAAGCAUUAAAAAAAUAUUUAAACAUUUCAAAAGUAAGAGAAAACAUUAAAUUCUAUGCAAGUCCUCGGAAUACUAUUUCACUUUUUAAUCAAACAGAAAUUUUGCAUAAAUGUCCAUUCUGUAAUAAUAAUUACCCUGCACAACAAUUUAGAGUUCAUGUAGAUAAUCAUAGAAAGGAAGAUGAAUUUAAAUGUGACAAUUGUGAUAGAGUUUUUAGGAAAUUAAAUCAUUUAAAUACUCAUCGAGUAAAACAUUUAAAGGAAUGUCCAUAUAAAUGUAAUCAGUGUGGAAAGGGGUUUGUAAUAAAAAAAAAUUAUGAUUGUCAUAUGUUGACACAUACAAAUAAUGAAUUGCCUCUUGAAUGCAGCUAUUGUUUAAAAAGAUUUUCUAAUCCUGAACAUCUCCAUCGGCACCAAAUUAUUCAUACUGAAAAUGUAUCGUACUCCGAAAAAUAUAAAGUUUGCAAAUGUCAUCACUGUUUAAAAACCUUCAAGGAUAAGGAGACUUUAAAAAGUCAUAUAUGUGUACCAAUUGAACAAGCAGUUAAUACUAAAUAUCCUUGCAAAACUUGUGAAAAGGUUUUUAAACAUUCUAGUGGACUGUAUAAUCACAUCAGAAAUAAUCACAAACUUAAAAGUACAAAAACUUUGUGUUCUGUCUGUGGGAGUUAUGUUUCCAAUAUUUAUAAUCAUAUGAUGAGGCAUACUGGAGAGAAGCCAUAUCCAUGUAACCAGUGUGAUAAACGAUUUGCAUCUAAACCUCAGUUAAAGCAGCAUUUAUUAGUUCAUUCUGGACUCAAACCAUUUGUAUGUAGUGUAUGUGCAAAGGCUUUUAAUAAUUUGUAUAACUUGCAAGUGCAUGAAAGGAUACAUAAAGGUGAUAGAUGUCACAUUUGCCCUGUAUGUAACAAAGGAUUUUUAGAAAAAUCAUAUUUAAAAAAACAUAUGAAUGUACAUAAAAAUAUUAAUUAG